CGCGCGAGCUCGAAACAUUCGACAGUCUAGUCAAGACCGGCGACGCGGCAUCAAAACGGCAACACUCGCUACAACCACUACAUACUACUACAAGUCCUCCACUACCACCCGAUUUGGUCCUCCAGAGAGCCGCUAGUCCUAUGAUGCGAAUGACUUUCGAAGUGUUACAAUCAAUCGCUGAUUUUCGUUCGGUGCUACGCGAAGUUUGAAAAUUUUCCGGAAAAAUGAGCCGAAUGUCAAGGGGAUCCCCUUCGGGUUGACAUUUUUUCGAAGGCGAUGGGCCGAGGAACCAUCCUUGUUGGUCCAUGGACCAUCCUAAUCUACUGGCUAGCAUUUGCUACCGGCCUAGAUCCGACAGGUCUUUUGCAGGCUUCUUCGUCGGGUUACGCAGGUCAAACGAUCGACUUGCUGGAGAAGCUGGGUCUGCACAAUACCACUUGGGCCGGGGUCACGCUAGCCCCUGGCCCGCCCCAGCUCAGGCCCGCUUACUACUUACAAGGCGACUUUCGAGACCUCAAGCUGCCACCGUCGGCCUUCCAGCAAGUGGCAGAUCUGCUGCGUCGUAGCCCGGAGUUCACCAUCGCGGCCUGGCUGAGACAGGAAACCGGAAACUCCGGGACGAUCGUGAGCAUCGCGCACGGCAUGAACCGAUACCUGGAGCUCGCGUCCAGCGGCCGAAAAAACCAAAUCCGGUUGCAUUACACGUCGCGAGUGGACUCUAAAGUUUACGUGGAGACUUUUCCGUUCAAAUUGGCCGACAACGUUUGGCAUCACGUGGCUGUGAGCGUUAGCGGGAGUCAGGUGGAGUUGAUCGUCGAUUGUCAUCCGAUGUACAAGAGGUUGAUGAGACCCGGCGCGCCCGAAAGGAAUUUCAGUGAUCCCCAGCAGCUGUGGCUCGGCCAAAGGAACAAACAUUACUACUACAAGGGUGCCAUGCAGGACGUAAAGGUCAUCGGAGGACCCCACGGAUACCUGCUGACUUGUCCGGAGCUGGAUUCGACGUGCCCGACCUGCGGCCAGUUCAGCCUGUUGCAGAGCACCGUGCAGGAGCUGACGCGACAUCUUCAGGAGCUUUCCGAAAGGUUAAUAGCUGCAGAGGGACGCAUUAGCACGUUGGAGGACUGCGACUGCCAGAAGUCCUGCCACGACGAGCAGGACGGGACGAUACACGCGGACGGGGCCACGUGGCAACGCAACUGCGAUCUUUGCUCAUGCACGCACGGUAAAAUUCAAUGUCAUCCAGUGGAGUGCCCGGAAGUACACUGCAAACACCCCGUCAAACUAAAAGAAGACUGCUGUUACAGUUGCCUGAAGCACUGUUUCUUGAACGACCAGUUCUUCGACCACGGAGAGGUUGUCACCGUCAAAAAGUGCGUUGAAUGCGAGUGCAAGGACGGAAGCAUGGACUGCAACCGGAUCAACCCGGAAACGGCCUGCCCGAAGCUCACCUGCCCCCCGGAACUGCAGUUCAGCGUGCCAGAUAACUGCUGCAAAUUUUGCCCAGGUGUUGACUAUUGCGCAAACGGCCAUUUUUGUCACGAUAACGCGACAUGUCGGAACCUGCAAACUACUUACUCUUGCCAAUGCGAUGAAGGCUUUCAUGGGGACGGAAAUAUGUGCUCUGAUAUCGACGAGUGUCAGCAAGAGGGUGGCCUAGAAGGCCACCACUGUCAUCAAAAUACCGUGUGUGUGAACACGCCGGGGUCGUACAAAUGCGAGUGCCUCGAAGGGUACAGAAGUCUGGAUAAGUUUAACUGCGUCGAGGAGGACGAGUGCUCAACAAGAAAACACAAAUGCGACGAAAAUGCGGAUUGCAUUAACACGCAGGGCAGCUACCACUGCGUCUGCAAGGACGGGUACAAAGGAGAUGGGUACCUAUGCGAAGCUGUGUGUAAUCAGACGUGCCUGAAUGGCGGCAUAUGCAGUAGCCCGGGCAAAUGCCGAUGCCCCAAUGGAUACAUGGGCUCGAGUUGCGAAAAAGAUGUAAAUGAAUGCGAAAUGAAUCUCCAUAGAUGUACUGAAACCUCGGAGUGUGUAAAUAUGAUUGGGUGGUACUAUUGCAAGUGCAAAAAGGGCUACCAAAGCCGGAUUUCGAACAAUAAUCUAGGAACUUUAUGUGAAGAUGUUGACGAGUGCAAAGAAAAGCAGCACACCUGCCACCAGAGUGCGAAAUGCGUGAACACGAACGGACGCUACAAGUGCGAGUGCGACGCAACGAUUAAAUUAAACACUAGUGCGGUAACCGUAUCGCCCGUGGGCGGCAACGAAUGCCGGAUGAGUUGCGCUUACGGCGGCGGCGAGGUCCCGGACGGCUCGUCGGUGCCGCCGACGGCAGCGCUGGACGCCGCCACUUCAAAGUGCGAGCGCUGCACCUGCACCAAGGGCGUGAUGGAGUGCGAGCGCCGCCGCUGCGACUGCGCCCAGCCGGGGGCGGCCGACGACGAGUGCUGCCCCCAGUGCAGCGCGCGCUUCAGCUGCCGGCACCAGGAGCUCACGGAGGUCGUGCUGAGGCACGGCGAGCAGUGGAGCUAUCAGUGCCAGACUUGCGAGUGCGAGUACGGCGAGGUGGAUUGUUGGGACAUGCGUUGUCCGCCCUUGCUGUGCGACAACCCAGUGACUUCAAGCGGCGAUUGCUGUCCGCAUUGCGGGGACCCGUGUCCGAUGGGGAACGUGUCCGGCACCGGACAGCAGUGCGUCUACAUGGGCAGAAUGUACGAGUCGGGGGCGCAGUUUGCCGAUCCCAACGAUACGUGCGUAACGUGCAACUGCAAGGACGGAGCACUAUGCUGCAGUUAUUCUAACCAUUGCCGCGACGAUCAACACCCCGUGGGAUUUGAUGGACUGGUGGCCGGCAACUCGACGUCCGCCGCCGCGAGACGAGCCCCGCCGCCGGGGGGCGCACCCGUGGCGCCUGCUGCGCCUGCUCGAGUGGCUGCUGGCGGCGGCGACCUCGAGCCGCCUGCGCAGACGCAGCAAGGGGGCUGAGGCGGCGUUCGCGCCCCCAGACGGCGGCAUAUACAUUCCGGGACGCGGUGCCUUCUCCACGAGAUGCGACGAUGUCACCAGCGAGCAAUCUCUCUAACACUGUUGCACCCUUUUUCUGAGCGAUUCACUAUUGGGCCGUUUAAAAACGAUGUCGCUUUUUAACGACCCAAUAUACCUACAUAUAAAUAUAUAACUUUCGAAAUUCC